UGUCAAGAAAGGUCAACGAACUAGGAUGUUUGAUUACGAUUAUUGUCGAAGAUUUAUUCAUGUGUAACGUGUGAAGAAGAGUGAUAGUAGGAGAAUCGUUCGAGAAAGGGACCUUAAUCAAAGUGAACGGCUUAUAAGAGGGCGCACGACAAAUGUUUCACUCACAGUUCAUCGAGGAGUCUCGCGAGUCAAAGCAAAACCUAAUAAUUCUAACAGACAUUACUUUCUUUCUUCUUCAUUUAGUUUCGUUCGAGUUAACGAAGUCUUAUCUUUAUUCUAGUUAAAUAUAUUAUCAGUGAUUCUCGAUAUUAUUAUCGACGAAUACCAAUGAAUUGAACAAAAAUCGACAAUUAUCCGUUAUAAAACGACUUUGUUGUUUCUACUAGCAAUAAGAGAAAGGCGUGUGUGAUUUAAAUCAAUCAGUCCAUUCAUUGGAAAAAAACGUUUGGAAUCUAUUGAAGAAAAUUAAUUGAAUUUCUUAUCUAAUCGCAUAAAUUGCUUUUACUUAUUGGCGACACAUCGUGGACAUAAGAGAAAUCGUUGUUGUUGUUGUUUUUGUUGUUGUUGUUAUUAUUCGGUGAGUCAUCCGAUAAAAAGAAAAUAAUUGCUUAGUCAUAAUUUAAUAGUGGCGUAAUGUAAAUGUAAUCAUAUGAUAAGCGUGAUUAUCGAGUAGUAGCGAAUGGAACGACAACAAAGACAAAUCCAAAAUGUUCAAAUCACAAAGGAAUCUCUACCAAUAAUAAGUUCUAAAUAAAUCGGAAGGAAAUUUGCAUAUUUUACUUAAUCACCAUGGUGCUCGGUACUAGCGAGGAAAAUGAAUCCAUGUUAGGGAACAAUCCGGCUAAAUAUACAAAAGUUGACAAGGCUAAGGAUGUCAUUGAAGAUAUUCAAAAUAACAACAGUAAUACAAAUUUGGACGGUUUGUACGAGGUGGAAAAUGUCAUAAAUCGAUACUCGUCGAAUUGGAAAGCAAUUUUUGCUCAGUGUUUAGUAGCUGGUGCUGUUUUAUUAUUGGCAGCCGGUGCUGGGAUGCCUAUCGGUUACAGCGCUGUACUUUUGCCACAAUUAUCUGUGAAGAAUGCAACCAUGUACGUAGAUCGCGAGCUCGGAUCGUGGAUAGCAUCGGUCCAUAGUUUGGCAACUCCGAUAGGAUCGCUGCUCUCGGGUUCAUUUCUAGACAUAUUAGGCAGACGAGGAAGUUUGCAAUUAUCCGCAAUACCACUUUGCCUUGGCUGGAUCGUAAUGGGUUUGGCCAAAAACAUUCCCACUUUACUCUGUGGUCGAAUCAUCUGUGGUGUCGCAGUUGGAUCUAUAGCUGUACCGAGUCAGGUAUUUGUAGGAGAGACCGCCGAUCCAGGACUACGUGGAAUUUUAGUUGGUAGCUCUUUUGCUGCCUACAGUUUUGGAAUACUUUCGGUUUACGCUUUCGGAGCAUUCUUAAAAUGGAACGUCGUUGCUUUUUGCAGCAUCGUUUUACCCAUUCUUGCUUUUUUUUCCCUUAUGUUCUUACCGGAAAGUCCCAUUUGGUUGAUUAGACAAGGAAAAAUUGAAAAAGCGAAAGAUGCUUUGUUGUGGUUGAGAGGAGGCGAUAUAGAACAGAUGAACACGGAAAUAACUAUAUUGGAAGCCAGAGCGAAACUUGAUGCUGAACAGAAAUCAUUAGCAACGUCAUUUGGUCAACGAGUAUCCUUGACGAUGUCCAUUAUCACUAGCCCUAACGUGCUUAAGCCCUUGUUCAUCAUAAACAUCUUCAAUGUUUUGCAAUUAAGUAGCGGGACCUACGUAAUAGUCUUCUACGCGGUCGAUCUUGUUCGAGACAUCGGUAGUGACAAUAUGGACAGUUAUUCAGCCGCCAUAAUAACGGCACUAACAAGAUUCUUUUUCUCUCUGCUAGCCUGCUUUUUAUUUCUUAAAAUUGGCAGACGUAGUCUUGGUAUUUUUUCAGCGAUAGGUACGAGCCUUGCUUCGUUUGUACUUGUGGCAUAUACCUUGAUAAAGACAGAAGAAUCCGCUAUGGAUGCAUACGUUCUUGGUAUAUGUUUGUUCGCUUACGUUGGCGCCAAUACCGUAGGUUUGUUCACGCUCCCAGGUUUGAUGAUCAGCGAAUUGUUACCGCAAAAUGCUCGAGGUAUCGCUGGUGGCUUCAAUUUCUUUAUUUUCAACAUUUUAGUAUUCAUCGCUACGAAAUUUUUCCCAGCGAUAAAUAAUGCAGUAGGUAUAACCGGUGCCUUUACUAUUUUCGCUAUAUUUGCGUUAUUAGAGGCAAUUUUUGUCUACGUUGCAUUACCAGAGACGAUGAAUCGUACGUUAGAACAAAUAGAAGAUUACUUUCAGCAAAGUAAUUUAUUAUGGAUUACCAGAUCGAAAGAAAAAAGACAAAAUAAUGAACUCACGAGACUUUCUUAAUUUUUGUCCACUGUCUCACAGUUGUGUGUAAAUAGAUGUGUUUCUUAAUUUUUAUCAAUAUGUGUGUCGAAUUUAUCUCUUUUUAAGAAUAAUUCUUUUUUUUUUUUGUAAUUGUAAGUAACGUAAGUUGUAUAAAGAUACCAUUGAGUAACAUAAUGAUGUCACUAAUAUAAUAAGAUAUUGGACUUGAUUUUGAUGAAACUCAUUGUACAGAAUAAUACUCAUGAUGUUGAUUAAACUAAUUGUACAGAAUAAUACUUAUUUUACAGACUUCACUUUUAUUUAUCGGUUCAUUUGCACAGAUAUGUUGAAUAACAAUGUUUUCUUCUUCUAGAAGAUAAAUAUAACAACUUUCUAUUCCGUUUAAAGAAACUUCGUUUCGAAUUAGAUAAACCUUGCAUACAUCUAUCUUCUGAACAAUAUGUCAUAGUUAUAAAUAUAAUUGUCGCAUUAUAUGUAAUAUUUUUGUACGAUAAAAGACAACUUUAAUAGAUUAUUUACUAUUAUUAUCACUGUUAAAAAAAAAAGAAGAAACAACAACAAAAAAUGGCAGAAUACGUUUGAUCUACGCAAUGAAACCGUUUCUAAUAAUACGUAAUGU